AUGUAUAACUUUACUAAGUUAAUAUCUUGUCUCUCAUCGGUUUCCCUCAACACUAGCACGAGAGCGUCUAGGUUUCUGACUCAGAACGCUCCAAAAACCAUUCAAUCUUAUAGAAGCCGAGCACUCUCCGGGAGCUCAGGGUUCGAUGGAUUCGGUGAAGAUGACAACGGUUGGGACAUCCCAACGGGAGGAGAAGACUCGUUAGGUGGUGAUAAUCUUGGUUGGGACAAUAAGUCAAUGUGGUCAACUGGUUUCACUACAGAACACUUUGAUGGUGUUUCCGUUGGUCGUAAGAAAGACACAAACCCUUCUUCAGACAACAACACCGGUUCUGACUCAGGUGACGUAAUGAGCAAGUUAGGUCCAAGAGAAGUGGCUAUGGUCAACGAGAUGAAUGAGUAUGAUGAUUUGCUUAAAGAGAUUGAUCAAGAUAAUAAAGAGAGUAGGGCUUUUGUUGAUGGGAUUAAAAAUAGGAUGAUGGAGAUUAGCGUGUUGCUCAAGCAAGUAAGGGAGCCUGGUGCUAGAGGGGCUUAUCUUAAAGACUCUGAGAAGACUGAGAUGUAUAGGUUGCAUAAAGAGAAUCCUGAGGUGUAUACUGUUGAGAGGCUUGCUAAGGAUUAUAGGGUUAUGAGGCAGCGUGUUCAUGCUAUUCUUUUUCUUAAAGAAGAUGAAGAAGAAGAGGAGAGGAAGCUAGGUCGUCCUUUAGAUGAUUCUGUUGAGAGGUUGCUUGAUGAGUACCCUGAGUUCUUUAUUUCCCAUGACCGGGAGUUUCAUGUGGCCUCGCUCAAGUACAAGCCCGGCUUCAAGGUAAUGCCAGAAGGAUGGGAGGGUACAAUCAAAGAUAUGGAUGAAGUCCAUUAUGAUAUCUCAAAGAAAGAAGAUGACAUACUUUAUGAAGAAUUCGUGCAAAGGUUUGAGUUCAACAAAAUGAAAUGGAGAGGAGAAGUGAAGUGCCACAAGUAUAGCAGAAGACGUUCAACAGAUGGAUGGAAAAUAACGAUUGAGAAGUUGGGUCCUAGAGGAAAACGUGGAGCCGGAGGUGGCUGGAAGUUUGUGAGUCUUCCAGAUGGAUCAAGCCGGCCUCUCAACGAAAUGGAGAAGGUUUACGUUAAGCGAGAAACCCCGCGUCGUCGCCGCAAGAUCCUGGGAGGUUCCAAAGGAACUAUACCAAAAGCAUGCAAAGCAAGGAAGUAUAAUAUUAAAAGAAAAGAGAAGUUACCUCCCAACAACAAAUCAAGGAAGUACUUUAAGAUAUGGAAGAAGAAUGUGCCACCAUAG